CUUGCAAGUUCUUCGCUAUUGUGAAUCAUCAACACAGCUGUUUUUAGAAAUUUCGCAAAUUGUAAAAAUAUAACAAAUACAACAAUAACAAAUAAAACAACGUGCUGUAAACAACAAUUCGAAGCACCAAAUUGUAAUACAUAUUGCAUUACGCUGUAAAUUUUACCAAAAUAAACAUUUUAAAUUCGAUUUAGUUGACGUUAUUAUAUAAAAAAGAUGCUUUCUAACUUAAUUAUAUCUCGACAAAAGUUUGUUUUAAUUAAAGAUGAAUUGGGCCAGGAGAAAAUUUCACAAAAAUUCCUUACCCAAAUGCUCAAAGAACAGGGAGAAGAUGUGACCAUAAAAUCUCUAGCCAUAGGUGAACAACUAAAUGACGAGGCCACUUUACAGAAAUUCCUCAACGAAUGCCGUGUACAGCCGCAAGAGGAGGGCAAAUUGUGGAAUGUUAUACUGCCUAACCUAUCAGACUUCUUGGCCUAUCAAAAGGUUUCAGUGAUAUUUCAGUUCCUUACAAAUUUAAAAAAUUGCGAAUAUGUUAAGCGUAGCUUUCUAUGGAUUUCCCUGCCCCAUCUACAUCAUGAUCACAUACAAUAUGUGGUGUCUGCCUUUGAGUAUAUGGCUGAUUUGGUCCUGAAUCUGUUGACACCUAACGAACUUUCUCUUUUGGUUUGUAAGCCAGGCGGUGGAGUUACCUUUAAACAUUAUACAUAUACUAGAACAAAAACAGAAUUUAAGGUAGAAUUAAAACCGGAGGGAGACAAGUCUAAAGCACCAAGUGCUGAAAGCCCUGACGGCCAGAAGACGGAGCAAUUAGGUACAUUUAAAAUUGAAUUGGACGAGGACGAGAUGGUGGCGAGAAAUGCUAUGAAAAUGCCUUAUGAAAAAGCUAUGGAGGCAACGGAAAGCAAUAUAAUAUAUACCCCAGAUGAUGCUGAUGAUUUUGAUGAUGAAGAUCCCGACGAAGAUUUAAAUAUUUGAGUAUAUUUUAAAUAUUUAGAUACUUUUGUUAACUUCCAAAUUAAAACAUGGCUUUAAACUUAGUAGUAUGAAAUAGAAUUUUUCAAUAAAAUGUUUAAUUUUGUAAAAAAAAAGUUUGUAAAUUUAACGCA